GAGGCUGCUACAAAUACAGCUUGUGCCUUACAGCACACAAUUCCAGUAGCACUACCUCUCUCUGCCUUUGAUGGAGAAGCCACAUCUCGCCAUUUUUCCCCUCAGCGCGGGUAUGGGGCAUUUCCUUCCAUUAGCUGAGUUUGCUAAGCGUCUCUGUGAGUUUCAUGGCUUCUCCAUCACCCUCAUCAUCACCAAGUGGAUGUGGACUUCUCAGCAGCCCCCUCUUCUGCAACGAUUGGCCUCCUCUGCUCUCGACAUACGCAUUACAGAGAUUCCUCACAUCACUGAGGAUGAAGAUGAGCAAAACAUGAAAUUGACAACGCGCAUUUCCAACUUCAUUCUGAAAGCAGAGCCAUACAUUGAAGAUGUUCUGCAAUCGCAGCGAUCAUUUUCGCCCAUCUCUGCUUUUAUCACAGACCUCUUCUGUACGGAACUGCUCGACGUUACCACAAAGCUGAAGAUGCCAAGUUAUUUAUUCGUGCCGUCCUCUGCUGCUUUUGUUUGCUUCAUGUUACAUCUUCCAAAGCUCGUUUCGGAGAUGAACGUUUCAUUUAGAGACGCCAAUUUCGAAGUAGAGAUACCGGGGUUACCGCCGAUUCCUGCUAGAGAUCUGCCGAUUCAGGACAGCUCGGAUUCCUUGUGUACUUGGUUUGUCCACCAUUCCUCCCGCUUCAAGGAAGCAUCUGGAGUUCUCAUAAACACCUUUGCUGAGCUGGAGGAGGAAGCCAUGAAAACCCUUAGCACCCCUGAAACGCCCUCCAUCUAUCCGAUAGGUCCCUUGAUGCUCACAGAAUCUGAUACCCCUGACGACACCAGCUGUCUGAAAUGGCUGGAUGAGCAGCCUCCCUCGUCUGUUCUGUUUGUGUCCUUCGGAAGCGCAGGCGUUUUGUCCAGCGAGCAAAUUACAGAUCUGGCAUUUGGACUUGAAGCCACCGGCCACCGGUUCCUAUGGGUGCUGCGCGGGCACAAAUCUGGGGACUCUUCUUCUCUUGAAACUGACAUUUCUCAGCUUUUACCGGAGGGUUUUCAGAGUCGAACCGGGGACCGUGGGCUUGUGGUUCUUAAUUGGGCCCCCCAGGUAGCGGUUCUUUCUCACCCCUCUACUGGGGGCUUCCUUUCUCAUUGCGGGUGGAAUUCUACGUUGGAAAGCAUCUCUCACGGAGUCCCAAUGAUCGCUUGGCCUCUGUAUGCCGAACAGGGAAUGAACAAGGUCAUACUGGUGAAGCAGAUUAAGGUAGCCAUAGAUUUGAAGAUGGACAAGAAGGGAUUUGUGAAGAGAGAAGAAGUGGAGAGAGCGGUGAGGGAAUUGAUGGAAGGAGAGGAGGGAAGAAAGGCGAGGGAGAAAAUGAAAGAGUUGAAGGGCAAAGCCAAGAUUGCUAUGACGGAAGGAGGGAGCACAAUCAAGGCCACAGCCCGUGCAGCCACAGAUUUGUCAGCCUCAACUUAAAACGUAAAAUAAUGAUAUAUAUUUUAGUAGGUUAAACACAGCAAGUCGGGAAACACUAAGAUACUCCUCGAAACUCUACUAGCAGAUCAAUAAUGGUGAUGUAUUUUGUUUUAGCAUAGAUUCUUCUAUUGUAUCAGUGACUGCUAUGUAUCUGAAACCAUCAUUAGUAAAAGCAUUAGGCCUCUGCACAAAUGAUGCAUGGUAUUUUGAAGUUGAGAAAUCUAUUAGUAAAUCACAGAGUUUUAGAUCA